AUGGCCGGAGCCCGACAGUGUUUCGGCCAUAGAAGGACCUCGCUCCCGCUCCCGCCUCCGCUGCCGCUCCCUCCUCCGCUCCCGCUACCGCUUACGUACGCACGCUCGCUCGGAAACGCUUCCGCUGCCGUUAAACAAGUUGUUACGCCCGGCUCCACCGGCUAUAAACAACGUACACGCGAGCUCCUAGUUAGCCUAACCGGUUUAUCUCAACGAGUUGAAAACAAGCAC